CACUACCCCCGUGUGGGCGGCGGAACGUCCCGAGGAUGACGUGCGGCGUUCUCGAAUCCCGUGUCUCGCUCGCUCGCUCGCCGCCGCCGCCGCCGAAGGAAACGGGAAAAGCAACAAGGAGGCAGGAGCAGGCGCGGCGCCAUGGCGGCCCUGGAGCGGCCCGUGCCCAGUCCCGAGGCGUUCCUGGGCCAGCCCUGGGCCGCCUGGGUGCGGGAGGCCGCCCCCCCGCACGCGCACGGCGCCGCCCCCCCGCACAGUGUAGAUCUGGAAGAGACUGGAAAGGAGGGUGGAAAAAGCAGGGAGGUUAUGAGGCUUAAUAAAGAAGAUAUGCACUUAUUUGGCCAUUAUCCAGCUCAUGAUGAUUUCUAUCUUGUAGUGUGCAAUAUCUGCAAUCAGGUAGUCAAGCCACAGGUUUUCCAGUCACACUGCGAACGAAGACACAGUUCAAUGUGUAAACCUUCCCCUUCUCCAGCUUCUCCAGCCUGUAAUUCCAGGACAUCCCUAGUACAGAUGAAACCGAAAUCCUGUAUCAGCGGCCAUAACCCUGUCAGCAGCAACUCAAAGCCAUUCAAAACGCCCAAAGACAAUCUACUUACCUCCAGUAGCAAACAGCACACAGUCUUUCCUUCAAAAGUGUCACGGGAUAAACCAUGUGUUCCUGUUCCAGUAGUCAGUCUAGAGAAAAUUCCUAACCUAGUGAAGGCAGAUGGUGCCAAUGUUAAAAUGAAUUCUGCAACCACUACCACCAUCACUUCCUCCUCAACUUCUUCAUCCACCAUACCUGCUCCAACUUUGGUUAAAUCUGGUUUGACAUCCAAGUCAGUGCCACCAUCACCAGAAAAGAUUCUGAACGGCAAAGGAAUUGUAGCUCCAUCAAUAGACAAGAAACACCAAAAUGGCACUAAAAGCAGUAACAAGCCUUACAAAAGACUUUCAGAAAGAGAAUUUGACCCAAAUAAGCACUGUGGAGUACUGGAUCCUGAAACAAAGAAACCUUGCACAAGAUCACUCACCUGCAAGACUCAUUCACUUAAUCAUCGACGAGCAGUUCCAGGCCGUAAAAAACAGUUUGACAUCCUUCUAGCUGAACACAAAGCUCGAUCCAGGGAAAAAGAAGUUGCAAAAGACAAAGAGCAUCCACCAUCUGCAAGGGAAAGCUAUCAGAGCCAGCCCACACCAGCACAAGACUCUCUGUCAGGAUCCUCAGUGAACUCUGGGCAAGAAUCUAAAGUAACAUCUCCUGCAAAAUCUAGACCACCAAAUUCUGUACUUCCAAGACCUUCAUCUGCAAAUAGCAUAAACAGCACCAGUUCUUCAAACCACAGUGGGUACGUACCAGAGCUGCCACUGCCUUCCAUGGGAGGAGACGUCACAAGCAGAUUGUCCAGUGAUGAAGGAGAAGCGGAUGGAGCUGAAGAAUCUGAGAAAUUAGACUGUCACUUUUCUGGACACCAUCCCAGACCUCUUGGGUUCUGUUCAUAUGGCAGUCGCUUAAUGGGCAGAGGGUACUAUGUCUUUGACAGAAGAUGGGACCACUUUCGAUUCGCAUUGAACUCCAUGGUAGAAAAACACUUGAACUCACAGAUGUGGAAGAAAAUCCCUCCUGCGGCAGACAGUCCCAUGCCUUCUCCAGCAGCACAUGUCUCCACUCCUUUUCCAGCAUCUGUCUUACAGCCCUUCAGCAACCCCAGUGCAGUGUAUAUUCCUUCAACACCUAUCAGUUCAAGGAUCACUUCUUCUUACAUAAUGACAUCAGCCAUGUUAUCAAAUGCAGCCUUUGUGACAACGGCAGAGACGAAUUCCAUAAUGUCACACACCACAGCUUUCCCUCACGUGGCUGCAAGCCUAAGUAUCAUGGACUCAACUUUUAAGGCGCCAUCAGCUGUGUCACCAGUGCCAGCAGUCAUCCCUUCCCCAUCCCACAAGCCAUCCAAAACAAAAACCAGCAAAUCCUCAAAAGUCAAAGACCUGUCAUCUCGGAGUGAUGAGUCUUCAAGUAACAAGAAGAAAAAGCCGCAGUCUUCGUCUUCGUCCUCAUCCUCAUUAUCUUUGCAGACAUCUUCCUCAUCUUCAUUUUCAGGGUCCCACAAAAAGAACUGUGUCCUGAACCCCAGUUCAACGUUGAACUCCUAUCAGGCGGCAUCCUCCUAUAACAGUGUGUCUGUGCACAAUACCAAUAAUGGAACAAGCCCACUCAGUGCCAAAUCGGAGCCCUCAGGACGGACUUCACUGUCAAGUAGUUCAGCAGACUCAGUGAAACACAUGAGCAUGGUAGUGAGCAGUAUUGACACUUCUAAUCUGUCUGUAUCUUCUCUCGUGCACCACUCAGGGGACCACUCCCUGGGAGCACACAAUGCAGUGUCUUCUCUACCCCUUUCUUUUGACAAAUCAGAAGGAAAAAAACGUAAAAACUCUAGUUCUAGUAGCAAAGCCUGUAAAAUCACUAAAAUGCCUGGUAUGAAUAGUGUUCAUAGAAAGAGCACUGCCAACCUUAUUUCUGCGGUGCCAGAUCCUACAAGCAGCUCCAUCUCUCGGCAGAUUGGAAAAAAUAGCAGUGUAGCUUUGUCACAAUCCAGUCCUUCGAGUACAUCAAACCCAGUACACAACAGACAAUGCUUUUAGGUGCCUGAAAGUGUUAACACUUCAAGACCUCAGUAUGCGGUGGUUUUUAAAUACUGAAUAACUAGAUCAGUUUAUUAAGGGAAGGUGACAACGUGUGUGCUGUGUGAGGAUUCCUUGUGCAUGAAAACAUGCUGUGUAGAGGAAAAGAUUCUUCAGAGUUGUCGUCUAAUUGCUGCUCUUUAUUUGUAAUGAUAACCAAGUUAAUGAACAUGAAAUUCACCAAAGCUUACUAAGAUCAGACCGUCCCAAAAGGAAAUAUGCCAUUUAUUCAAAGCAGUUCCUUUCCUUAAAGGUCUAAUGUAAUCAGUAAACAGGGAGGAAAUUUAGUUCAGGGACUUGAAAUAAAUUCCUGCUUUGAGUACUGUCAGCCACAGACAUUAUUGAAGUGUUUUAUACCAAAAGACAUUGUGUGAUUUUGAACCUGGCUCUGGUUUCUCUUUUAGAAGACAUCAAACCGGACUGGUAGAAUAAGGACUCUUCCAUAACAAGGAAAAGGAACCAGCCUAUAAUCUCUAGCUCUCAGCAGCCCUACUCCACAGGGUUUUUCUUUUCUAUGUCCUGCAGAUGGAUUUAAUCUUUUAUGAAUUUGUGGUUUUAAUGAGAAUUAAAUUUACAGAAAACUGUAAUAGUGAUUUGUUUAGUUUUUCCACUUGUAUUUGCCACUGAUCUGUGCGUUCUGCUUGGUUAUGUUUCAUGCCUUUUAAAGCUGUUAGCGUUGCAAUGCUCCCUUUGUUUCCUAACCAGAACACAAUGGACAUUCCAAAACAAAACAAAAAUCCAGACCAUGAUUUGAAUUUAUUUAAAGGAUCUCCAAAUUUUUUCAUUAAAUAAAAAUUACAGUAAUUCUGUAUUUAAGCUUGUCCUAUGGAUAAAAAUUGAGUGCAUUUCUUAGUAAUUUGCAAACAGCUGGGGCACUGCAACUUUAGGGACUAAUCCUGAUUGGUGCUCUGUACCUACAGCAUUUAAUAAUUUCAGUGGGAACUCUGAGUGUUCAGCCUCUUCCAGAAUCAGGCUCUUAAGGAAUCUAUACUUCAAUCAAUGCAUAGCAGAAUUUUGCACCAAACUGUAAUUACUGUUAUCAGGGCCCAAUGUGCAAAAUCCCCAUAUCUUGGGGGAUUUCCAGACCCUUAAGAACACAGCACUUGAUAACUUCAGUGAGCAGUUUGGGUUUGCGAGGACAGGAGUUGAGCAGAUUGGCUUGCAUUAAUAGAAUUGCACUGACAGUGUUUCUUAUAGGAUUACUGAAUAAUUUUUUAAUAAAAUAUAGAUUUUAUAAUCAGGAAGCCAAUACUAGGUACUGGAACAAUAGUACAGAGGAGUUAAUUUUUAUUUCUACAGUGUUAAAAGUGCACUUAUAUGCUGGUUUAUUUACAUCUUGGGGAAAGGCGAGAGACUGCAAAUAGGGAGAUUAUUACUACUUUCUUUUUUAAAAAAAGAAGGGUUAAGGCAAAUUUUAAGACUAAAAAUGUUUAAGCAAUUAUAAACAAGGCUAGACCCUUUGAAAAAAAGUUUAGAAAUAUUCUUAAAAUAAAUUUUUAUAGUGUUAAUUUUGUAAUAAUUUAUGUUUUGCUAUACUUCAGAGCUAACUGACCGGUAUAGUUUCAGAAACAGUAUGAAACUUAGGAAAGUUUAAGCAAUGUUUAUAUUUUUAAAAUGUUCUUUGAAUUAUGUUUUUAUUGUACAUUUCUUCAGACUGAAAAAUGUGUACAUAUCUUUGUUAUUUUUGCACAAUUUUUGUCUUGUUCAGUUUUAGGAGCAGUACUAUGUUGAUUUUUUUUUAAUUUAUUUUGAGUUAUAAAACUGCAGGAUUUUAAAAAUCUCAGUAACAAAGUCAUCCUCUGUAAUCAAUGAACUGCUAUUUCUAGUUGUUGAGGGAAAACAGUGGUUGUGAGAUUCAGUGGUUGCUUCUGAGAAAUAAUGCUAAUCAGUGACUGAAGGAGCAAUUUUGUAGUUUUAGGAAGCUUUAGCUGUUUCCAUGCAUCUUUUAAUUGGAAAGCUGAAUUAUGGAGCCUGUCCUUUGAAUGCUGCUUAAAUUUUAUUUUCAACUGGCUUACACCUGACAGCAUUUCAGGAAAGUUAAGCACGAAGUAAAAUCCCGUGGUGUUCUUUCAUCAUCAAAGAAUCAUUAUUUAAUGAAAUGUAUCGGAAAUUUUAGCCUGCAAAAUGAAAUGGAAGUAAACCUUUGGGAAAAAAGUGGAUACAAACUGGACCAGCCUAUAAUGCAUUCUUAGUGUAGCAUUCACUUGUAGUUCUUUUUCUUCCCCAUUUGCCUGAAAACCUUGUGAUUUGUUUCCAGCAAUAGAGGCUCAGAAGCUUUGGUUGUUCCACAUACGCAAUGCAUAGGCCCGUCAGCCAUAAAAAGCGACUUGGAUAACUUGUAUGCCUUCUUUUGUAUCGAUGUAACAAUUGUAAAUAGUGCUGAUCGACCUUUGUAGAGAAUAGUUUAUACAGCAUAUUCUAUUAUUGCUGAUUCUCAGUGAACUAUUGUUUUAAAAAAAAAGAAGAAAAAAAGAAAUUUUUCUAUUUACACCUUAUAUUUUGUUAUGCUGUUGACCCAUGGCACUUUAACAAAACUCUGUGGGUUUUGCAUAGCUGGUCAGUCAUGGGAUAUAUUAAAUAACUGUUGUUGCACAGAAAUGAAUUUGCACCUGCUAUAUUGUGCUUUCCUACUACAGAUUUUAGAACCUUUUCCAGAAGACUUUUGAAGAAAGCAUGUCCAAUCAUUCUAAGAAAAAAAAUGCCAUACUUGUACAGCCAAUUUCUUUUCUACAAUCCAUAUUUUGUAACACUAAGUAUUUUCAUUCUUUGUCCUGCACCUUUAUGUAUUAGCAGUAUCAAAUAGAAUUCAUUCCAUGCUUGUGAUAAUUGUAAGCAGAAUAAAUGUCUAAAGUAGGUGUAAAUAGUAAAUUCUAUGGCUUACAGUUUAAAAAAGGAAAACCAGAACAAACAUGUAUCUGAUUGAUACUGCCAUGGUUCAACACCGGGCCUGGAGAUAUUCUCUAGUGAGCGAUUGUAUUUUUUGUUUUUUGCUUUAUUAUUAUUUUUUUUUGUAACAUGGCUUUGUAAAUAAAAUAAUUUAUAUGUUUGUAAGAAA